AUGGCAGAGCAGAUCUACAACUCCGACCUGACCAUGUCCGCUGCCGAAGAGGAGGCCCUCAUCGCAUCCGGGGAAGACCUCCUCGUGGACGAUCUGCCCGAAGGCCUGAUCGACCACCUUGCUGACUCUGCUGAGCUCCCCGUCGCCAAAAAACCAUGCUUCGACGCCGGCGCUAGCCUCUCCCCCUCCUCCCCCUCCACCAACAUCACCGCCUCCCCCGAAUCGGCCCAGGCGCAUCAGGCGCGCUCGCCCGCACCCCCCGAGCUGGAAGCGCACCGCACUGCGAUUUUUGCCAGCAUCAACGCAAUGCUGUGCGGUUUCAUGUUCGAAACUGGCACCGUCCCGCCUUUCGAGCAGACCGUCGGUGACCCCCUCCGCAUGGCCCGUCGCGUUUACGGCCGCCUGCAGUUUUCAUGGCCGUCGCAGGCGGACGCAACUGCCUUCCACAGGCUGUUCCCCCUCUCUCUCAAGCUCCCUAACUCCCGUCCCGUUCUGCUGAAAGAGUUCGUGGACAGAUUCGAAGAAUUUACCGCGGCUAAGGCUGCAGGCACUCCCACCAUAUCUAUCCGUAACGUCCCUAUGGAGUACGCGCCAGAGGAUAUCCGAGCCUUCCUCUUGGACUCCACCGAGCCGGACGGUGCACACUGGCUCGCCGACUUGACCAACUUCCACCGCGCUUCUGACCCCUAUGAGGGUACCUACUUCACUCACCUCGCUGGACUCCCCGUCGCCACCCCCGACGACCCGCAUUUCGAUCUCAUUCCAUCCGAAAUCCUGCCCCGGCCACUCCCUUACUCAACCAGGUUUUGCCCCCUCUCCCCGUUCCCCCCCCUCUCACCACCCAUCCAGUGCCCUGCUCCCUUUCGGCCAGGCCUCUGCCCACCCAUGAACUCACUCCAUAUCACCAACCCCCCCCUGCCCCCUCCGCUCCCCGCAGUCACCUCCCCAACCACACACUCAUUCCCCCCUCCCACCCCACCCCCUCCCCCCAUGACACUCCCUCCCUUACCCCCCUUAUGGUCGGACCUCCACUCCCCCACGAGCUCACCCCACUCUCGCACCCCUUCCCCACUUCCUCCUCCCCCCGCAGGCAACCCUCCCCUCCGGAACUCGCCCUCCCUGCUCUUAGCCAACAAUCCCCCCUUUCGCACCCUAUAUCUUCCUUCUCCCUCUUUUUCCCCUCUCCGGUACUUUCACCCCUACUCCCUCUCCUCCCCUCUUCCUUCCACCCAACCCGCCUCCCCCCCCUUUCCUCAGUCCUACUUCUCCCUGCCCCUCCAAGGAUCAGGCUGCCACCCUCCUCCCUACUUGUUCUGGGCUGCACUGCCCUCCCCGUGA